GUUAUGGUAAGGUGGAAGCAGACGGAAGUUGAUGGCUUGUCCAUGCUAACGUGAUGGGGACCGACAGUAAAGUAGUCUCCGGUCAAUUUCAAAGAGUCUCUCUGUCAGAGUCACAGUUAGACUUCCCUGGACAGCCGUACUCCGUGUCCGUACUCAAAGCCGGGUACUGUCUCCCUCAACCUGGCGGCACGUUCAGAGCGGACGGGACCGUCACACUCUUAACCGGAACCAGGACUAUUCUGGUGGACACCGGUGGGCCGUGGGACCGGGACUUUCUCCUAGCGACACUGAAAGAGAGGGGUUUGGACCCGGGGGACAUUGACGUGGUCGUGGGGACUCACGGACAUUCAGACCACGUAGGAAACCUGAGUCUGUUCCCAGCAGCGAUGAUGAUAGUCGGGUAUGAUAUCAGCGAAGGGGACACAUACCGUCCCAACAAGCUAGCAGAGGGACAUGCCUACUGUAUUGACGAGCAUGUAUCUGUAGUUCCCACUCCCGGACACACGGGACAAGACGUCAGCGUCCGGGUGACGGGAACCUCGGCGGGCACGGUGCUUGUUGCUGGGGACUUAUUUGAGUGCUGCGCAGACGAGGACAGCUGGCGGGACCUGAGUAUGAACACUGCAGUGCAUGAGGUCAGUCGCUGUGAGGCACUGCGCACCGCUGAUGUCAUCAUCCCGGGACACGGACUCCCUUUCCGAGUCCUCAGGAACUGAUGACCCAACACAACCAUAGCGCCUGUUCAUUUCACCGUCAACUCCAGACAGAGCUGUGUAGCUCCGGUAACGCAAGACUUAAGAAGUAACAAAAGGAGGUCACACAAGUUUUGACGUUAUUUUGAGCCUGCCGUGGUUCUAGGAGCAGGCAGCAUGCAGGAACAAAAACACAGACACACUACUAACCGAAUAUGAUAAAAACAUCCCAAACACUACGAUUCACUCUUAGUGUUUUCUGUGACACAAGAAAUAUAUUGAAUUUUCUCACUGCUAUUUGAUUGUGGACCACUUCCAAAUGCGUUUUUUUGAGAUCCGAUCUCAAUGCAAGGUGGUUCGGGCAUCUGGUAAGGAUGCCUCCUGGGCGCCUCCCUAGGGAGGUGGUCCAGGCACGUCCAGCUGGGAGGAGGCCUCGGGGAAGACCCAGGACUAGGUGGAGAGAUUAUAUCUCCAACCUGGCCUGGGAACGCCUCGGGAUCCCCCAGUCGGAGCUGGUUGAUGUGGCUCGGGAAAGGGAUGUUUGGGGUCCCCUACUGGAGCUGCUGCCCCCGCGACCCGACACCGGAUAAGCGGAUGAAGAUGGAUGGAUGGAUGGAUCUCAAUGCGUCCUGAAAGAGUUGUCACCUGUACGUAGAGCUGCCCACUUGUGAUCUGAUCACACAAGACGGAUGGUAAUGGCAGGUGAAAACGGAAAACGGCAGACAGUUUGACCUGUCAUAGCAGCAAAAACACCGGUGAAACUAAAUGUGUUAACAACGGCUUAGUUCCAGGUUACCCAGUUAGCCAUGACAGUAAGAAGAGCAGCUCCACAGUUACACUCCUGCUAAAGCUGGGCAAUAUAUCGAUAUUAUAUCGAUAUCGUAAUAUGAGACUAGAUAUUUUCUUAGAUUUGGGAUAUUGUAAUAUGGUAAGUGUUGUCUUUUCCUGGUUUUAAAAGCUGCAUUAGAGUUAAGUGCUGGACUUUUCUGAACUUAACAGACUGUUCUAUCUGUUCUGAUAUUUGCCUUUAGCCACUUAGUCAUUAAAUUAACAUGGCUGAUGAUAUUUUAUAAAAAAUCUCAUUUGUAUAAAUAACAUUUUGUUAAAGCACCAAUUGUCAACGAUAUAUUGUUGCAACAUUGACAUUGAGGUAUUUGGUCAAGAAUAUUGUAAUAUGUGACUUUCUGCAUAUUGCCCUGCCCUAACUCCUGCUUAUUUGACAUUUUAGGCAAAAACAAGUGUAAACUGUAAAAUAAAUUGUAUCUGAUAAACUACAGACAAUCUGAAUUACAACACUGAAUAAAAUAUAUUUUACGAUGAA